AUGGAGGAUCCAAAUGCUCAUAUAACCAAGUUUCUCCGGAUUUGCAGCACAUUUAAGAUGAAUGGAGUUCCGAAUGAAGCAAUCAAACUCCGACUUUUUCCUUUUUCACUAAGGGAUAAAGCCGACAGUUGGCUCAUUUCUUUCCCCGCCAAUCAUUUUGCUAGUUGGGAUCAACUUCAUAGGGAGUUCUUGAAAAGAUUCUACCCACUUUCAAAGACUCAAAGGAUGAGGAGAGCCAUUCAAAACUUCAAGCAAAUUUCAAAUGAAUCUCUAGCCGAAUCUUGGGAGAGGUUUAAGGAACUACAAAGGCAAUGCCCUCAUCAUGAUCUUGGUGAUGCUUCAUCGGGAGGAUCAUUCACGGUUUUGGAACCUACUCAAGCCGAGGAACUACUUGAGAAGAUUGCAACAAAUGGAACAACUUGGUAUUCGGAGAGAUCUUCCCAAAGGCUUGUGGGAGGAUUUCAUGAUGUUGAUCAAAUAUCCGCCUUGUCGGCUAAGGUGGAUAACAUGGCAUCCAUGGUUCAAAAGAUAGCUCAAAUCACCCUCAACAACCAAAAUGUGAGCUAUGCUUCUUCUACUUCUAUUCCUCCAAGGCAAAUCAUGAUGUGUGACUUAUGUGGGGAGAACACAAUUUGGGAGUGCUUAAAUGAUGAUAUGGGUUCUCAAUCUACCAUGGAGCAAGUUGAUUUGGUAGGAUAUGGUAGGCAACAACAAUCAUUCCAACCGCAAGGAGCCUACAAUCCUAAUGCAUCAAGGAAUCACCCCGGUUUUUCUUGGAGUAAUCCGAUGGGGCUGCAAAUCCCAAAGUUUUGGCAAUAG